UAUUGUUAAUACAAACCUUCUUUCACUAUUUACCGAAUAUAAUGAUAACCAAUUUUCUAAUUAUGGUAAUAACUCUUCAUUAUUUGAUGACGAUAACUCUUUACCAUUAUUUGAAAAUAACAAUAAUUCUUUAUUAUUUGAAGAUGAUGAUAAUUUCAAUACAAGCAGUUCAUCGCUUACUGAAAAUGACAAUAAUCCCAGUAUUAGCUAUCAAUAUAAUCUUAACGUAGAAAAUUAUUUUGACGAUUGGUUAUCUGUUGAUAGGUUUAUGCAUAAUUAUUGCUUGAAGCGGGGUUUUGGAUACCAGAUUUUCUGUAAUGAUAAAGAUCCAAAUGAUUCAAAUUGUAAAGUAGCACCUAUUACUCAAUUGAAGAUGCUUAAAAUGAAAUAUCCUCAACAUGUUUUCUAUAAGCAAGACAUAUAUAAUGCAAUUUAUAAAUUAUAUAAGAAUAACAAUAAGAGGCUUAAUUUUGUUUCAUUUCUUGAUACUCUUUUUGAAAAAAUGUUACAAGAUCCAUGCUGGAAGAAUUUAUGUUUUGAUACUAUAGAUGAUAAUUUUAUAGAGGACGUAGUUGAUGAACCGCAAGCGACAUUAAAAGCUAUUUUACGUGAUAAUGAUAUAUCAAACAUUAAAGAAACAUGGAGAAUUCAUCAAGCACUUAAAAACUCACCAUCCCUUAUAGCAAUAGAGUCGUCUACGGAUACUGCAAUUGAACAAGUUAUUCCUAAAAAAAAUAAAUUUGGAGUUGUAUUUUCAAUAGCUAAAACUGCAAUUAACAUUGCUUUGGAAACUAAAAGUGAUAAUGAAUUAGUUCAACUGCUAAAGAACUUUAUUUCAACUAAGCGAAGUAUUGAUAAUAUUAAUUCAGAAAAAAUUGAUAAUAAUGAAACCUGGGAUAAAGAUGGUAUUACUUCUUUACAACAGCAUUUGAUUGAUCAAACAAAUGACCCGCAUGUCACAAAAAUUCGAGGCACACUGAGUAAAAAAAGAAUGAAAAAUGUCAUAGAAAUGUCAAAAAAGCAAAAUAUAGGGCAAGAAAUUACAAGCCAAAUCAAUAAUAUACAAGAUUGUGCUAGAGAAGCAAGCUUGAAACCACAACACAA